AUGCUCCACAGUUCAACGCGCACCAGGAGAAGGAGCCAGAUCAGUGGCUCAAUUCGAGAAGAUGGCACAGAGUUUGCGGAACAUGUUUCACGUGAGGCUCAUCGUCUACUGGCGAUAUUCACCCAGUCCUCCACUAAGCCACCACAUGAACAAGCCUUGGGCUGCUCAAAGUCUGUUACCCAUGGCCAUACGGUGUUUCAUCCAGGAAAAGAAAACGAUAUCUGGCAGAUACCACGAAUUGCUCCAGAGAUGGUAGAGCCAUCCACCCACGUCCCCUCUCCAAAGUCAACACUAACACAUAAUCUCGAACCCCGCCCCAAACACGAUUCGGGACCGAGUGGCCAAGCAGCCCUGCAAGAAAGGGUUGCUGGAUUGAAUGCGGAUGCCAACCUGAAAGAGAAGCCCGCAUUUCCACGUCCCCCAGCGACACUAGUUCCUCAGAAAGACAUAUCCUCGCAAUCAUUGGGACAGAGUGUAGUGGCUACACUCCACAGUAUCAACCGGCCCGAUCUGCACAUGUCAUCUUCGGAUCCUAGGUCAACCCCAACCCCACCUCCCUUUGUUUCAUCUGUACCGAGCCCUGGCGGUCUAGCUCCCAGGCGUUCUGGACGAGCCAAAAACACACCGACCACCUACAAUUUGCGUGUGUUGGUUGGUCUGGAGGAACCUCCCAAGAGCUCUAGGGACUCAAUGUCUCAAGCCUCACGAGUCUCCCAUGAAUUGUCGCCCCCUCCGGAUUCUAUCCCGGUAUCCAGCAAAGAUCCUCCCCGCAUGAUUCCUAACAUCCGGAAACUUUUGUGGGAUCGAGAACUGCAUGGUUGCGGUCCCAGCAACCGGAUUCAUGCAGAUAUGACAUCGGAUAUUCGUCCCUGGAAAUCAUGGAAAGGCGCCUCAAACGAUGUAGUGGCUCUCGCCUGGUCGUCUGAUUCCACAAGAUUUGCCGCGGGGGCAACGGCUCAGCCAGACGAAUACAAUCGAAAGUGCAAUUUGCUUCUAGGCGACCUUGUCGAUAGUGUUCUUUACGAGCUUCCAGAUCACCGGAUUCCUCGUCCUUCUUCGUCAACAAUUACUGAAGACCAGUUGUACACCAGCGUGGCUGAUAUGCAGUGGGCCGGUGACCGACUCUACACAGCGAGCUAUGACAACACCGUCAAGAUCUGGGAUGUUAGCCUUCACAAACAUCCUUCUUGCCUUCAGACAUUAAAGCAUAGCUCCAAAGUUAUAGUCAUGGCUCUUUCGAAGUCAGUGCCAAAUCUUGUUGCCACUGGGACCGACAAGUUCCAUCUAUGGGAUGUCCAGGAGGACCAGGCUCCCACUUGCGUGGAUUUGCCCAUUGUUCGAGAUACUCGGCAGAAAAUUCUUGACCUGGCGCCCACAACUCUUGCAUGGGGCCACACGGCAUCAACGAAGCAUUUCUUAGUUGGUGGCAUGGCGCAACGAAUUCUGAACGAAUACAAAGUCCCACACUACGGUCAUAUUGGUCUGUGGACAAUUGGCCAAGGGUCGGUGACCCCACGCAAGCUCAUUCCGGACUCACAGAACAUUUUCGAUAUCAAAUGGCACCCCUUCUUGCCUAAAUUCGCGGCUGCAUCUACCUACAGCCAAGCAAUGCGUCUUCCAUUGAAGACGCGUACUGUUGUACAGGUUUACGACUGCACAGCGGAUAGUUUCCUUGUCACCAACCGAUUUCCAUGUCCAGCGGCAGACGUCAAUGAAACGACCUUUUGCCCAAUGAAUUCUACCUACAUCACAGCCAGCUGCACUGAUGGCCGUACAUACGUUUGGGAUGUUCGUUACCCCGACAAAUCCAUUCAUCGACUUUCGCACGGCGAUUCGCUUCAUCCACUUAACCACGAACAUGCCCGAGAGCUGACUGAUUAUGGAGUCUCUGUCGCUCUGUGGGGGACAGCCAUUGAUCAGUUCUACACUGGUGGUUCUGAUGGAUUAUUGAAACAGUGGGAUAUUCGUCGAUCCCCAGAGGACGUGCUAGUGGCCAACAUUGCCAAGUUCAACGAGGGCAUCACGAGUGGGGCAUUUUCGGAAGAUCGAUCCCACCUUCUUAUCGGGUCCCAGGGUGGAGGCAUUCAAGUAUUAUCUUCCGGGCCUUGCUCGGACCCUGAAAAGGCUGGAUUCGAUUCCAAAGCUGCUCCCGAGCCGCCAUGUCAGGAGAUUUCUGGCCGUGAGACUAGCAGAGCGCUCAUCUCUAGCGCCGAGAUCGAACGGCAUCCAAUCUACGGCCCGGGACAGGGGCCUAACUACAAAGGUCCCUAUGCUCGCUGGGCCCGUGAUGUCCAAGAGGAUACACCUCUGGAUGAGCUUAAACGAAUCCCUCUCAAAGACGAGUACCAACUCAGGCAACUUUGCGGACCACAGGUGCAAACCCAGCAGAAACUCGAUCAGAAUGCAGAACGUGAACUCCAGAUGCAAAGAAACAUCGCUGAAGCACGGAAUAGUCAGGACAACCGUCUACCAAACAAGGACAUGUGUAACGGGCUUGGGGUCAACCGGCCUAUUAACGUGACUGCUGGUGAUCAAAAGAAGAGAAAGAAACAUAGGGUUGAGAAAGAUAGAGAAAAGAGGAAGAAACGGCGGCAUGGUCCAAUGAUCACAAAUGUCGAUGUGGUCCAUUUUGACCUGACCGGCGAUUCGCCGGAACGCGAGCCAACAAAUCCGCCUCCGUCAAAGCGAGAAUCAUCGAGUUUUUCAUCUUUUAUUGAAAAUCUGGAAGAUGGCCUCGAAGAUGAUCAUUGGUGGCCAGACAGUGGAUGGUACGACGCCAAUAUUUGUAGUAGCGACUGA